AUGCAUGGGACAGUCAAUGGCAAGCGAAAGCUUCCCUUCUUCAAGUCCACUACUCCAAUCGACCGUCAGCGCAAGUCAAAUGUUCACCGGCAUCGUCUAUUACGGUCGCUGUUGUACUUGAUCGCUUGGAUCUUUUUAGUGCUGGUAGUCACUGGCAACCUCUCUAAUAAACCAGUCCUACGCAGUACCUAUUUCCUCUACCUCGAUCUUUCAAAUAUUAUCCCAGUCUCCAUUCCAAAUGCCGUCCUUAUCAACUCCAUCGCCCAAACAAUCGGUCUCCACGACUUCUAUCAGGUCGGCCUAUGGAACUUUUGCGAAGGAUACAAUGGACAGGGCAUCACCCACUGCUCCAAGCCAGAGACUCUCUUUGCCUUCAACCCAGUUGAUAUCAUCCUGAACGAGUUGCUGUCCGGUGCGACAAUCGCCCUCCCAGCCGAUAUCCAAAGCCCAUUAAAACUAGCACGCGUCGCCUCCCACUGGAUGUUCGGACUCCUCCUCUCCGCAGCAGUCCUCAACUUCGUCAUGAUCUUCGUCGCCCCGCUCGCCGUGUCCUCACGACACCCACGAAGCAUUAAAUCCUGGGCCGCAGGAUAUAACGGCACCCACCCGCCCGGGGGGAAUCCACCCCACCGCCGACGGACCUUUUUCUGGCUACGCGCCCUGCCGAUGCUGAUCCUGACAUUUUUCGCCGCGCUGACGACAAUCGUCGGGUCGGCCGUCGCGACGGUUAUGUUCGUGAUUUUCGCCAAUGUCUUCGAAAACGCAGACCCGAGUAUCAACAUCCAGGCGCACGUCGGCACACAGAUGCUGGUAUUUAUGUGGAUUGCUUCGGCCUUUAGUCUGCUCGCAUUCAUUAUUCAGAUCGGCUCUUGCUGCGCGGCUUGUUGUCGUGGCCGUAAGGCUCGCAAGCAGCUCAAAUCGCAGGGUAUUAAUUGGCAUGAGAAGAGUGCGGUUAACCCCGAUGCGACCGAGCAUCGCGGCGUCUCGUCUUGCAGGGAUUCUGGUGUCCCUGCGGAAGAGCGUCGUCUCACUUCUGGUGGUCAGGCGUUCUCGAAUGAGCAAGAGCAGAAGCUGGGUAAUGGACAUGCUAUGAACCAUCAAUACUCGGACUCUUCGACUGAACCACAUGCAAUCUCGAAAUGA